GCCGUGCCACUGCCAUCCUCCCAGCCGCAAGUUCUGAUCUACGCUGAGAACGUGGUUUUAAGACUCCAGAAAGAUGUCUUACCAGCAGCAGCAGUGCAAGCAGCCCUGCCAGCCACCUCCCGUGUGCCCACCUAAGUGCCCAGAGCCAUGCCCACCUCCAAAGUGCCCUGAGCCAUGCCCACCCCCAAAGUGCCCUGAGCCAUGCCCACCCCCAAAGUGCCCUGAGCCAUGCCCACCCCCAAAGUGCCCUGAGCCAUGCCCACCUCCAAAGUGCCCUGAGCCAUGCCCACCUCCAAAGUGCCCUGAGCCAUGCCCACCCCCAAAGUGCCCUGAGCCAUGCCCACCACCAAAGUGCCCAGAGCCAUGCCCACCUCAGCUGUGCCAGCAACAAUGCCCACCUGUGCAACCUCCUCCACCAUGCCAGCAGAAGUGCCCACCCAAGAGCAAGUAACAGCUUCAGCAUUCAUCAGGGACAAGGAAGAAUAAGAACAACUGGCUCACCUCGUUCCCCAGCCCCUCCUCCAUCUUCUCUUCAGAGCCCAUCAUGGAUGCAGAAGAAGCUCCUCCACCCUUCAGCCUGAUAUGCUUGUGAUGAUUCCUGACAGCGAAUGAUUUCCUUCCUGAGUCUAUUCUGGAAGGAAAGGAAGCUGAGAAAGGGCAGUUCUCCGCUGCACCAGCGUUCCGUUCCCCAGCUUCAGAAGGAAGAGCAGCAGCUGUCUUCCCGGAGGGGCAGUGGGGCGGUGGGGGGCAGCAAAGGGUUCCCUUGAUGGCUUCUGUGUCUGUGAUCUGGGCAGAGGGCUCCUACCACCUGAACAACUGUACCUAUUCUUCCAUUUCCUGAAUAAAGCACUAUUUUGUUUGUGA